AUGAGUGAGAGAAAGAUUACUGUUAGUGUUGCAUCACUCCAACCGGCUCAGUUUACGGGAUGGGGAACUAAACAAGGAGGUUCAUGGAAAUCAUGGAAAAGAAGAUUUUUUGUAUUAAAAGAUAGAAAAUUAUGGUAUUUUGAAAGUGAAAAUUCUACUACAGCAAAAGGAUGGAUUGAUUUACCUCCUGGAACAGAUGUUAAGGAUGAAUCAGAAAGACCAAAGAAAUUAGCGUUUUCUAUCAAUUCUAGAGGUGUUAAAGGUAUUCGAACUUUUCAUUUAACUGUUGACACUGAAAAUGAUUUUGUAGCAUUCUUAAAUGGGUUAAACAAAGUACUCGGAAAUGUUAAACAAAAAACGAGGACUGACAAUAAUAUUAUUGAUGAAACAUCAAAAAUUAAAUUUACUAAAUCAUUUACUGAAGGAACAGGAAUUGAAAAUAUCACAAAAUUAAAAAAUAGAAUAAAGUGGCUUAAUAGUGGUCAAGUUGCUUCAUUACUUGAAUGUGCAUUAACUGCAUUACCAGAAGAUACUAAGUCUAUAGAUUUCUCUGCUGUUAUUAGUUCUGAUUGUAAUAGUAUUGAUUUUAGAUUUGCUGGGGAACAAGUUCCAAUGUUACAAAGUGUUGUAGAUACCUUUUGGGCUGUUGGAACACCACCUUCAGAAAUAGAACGAUUAAACAAUAUUGGUAUUAAAGUAGACCCAAGAAAUCUUGGGUUAUGGCUAAAUAUUUCUGAACGUGGUGGAAUGGAUGGAGGAUGGUUUAUGUUAACUGAACAUUCUCCAAAUGUUAUUAAAUUAGUUUCUGAUGGAGGAAAGAUCAAUGAUAAAAUUAUGAUGUUAUUAGGUGUUAAUAGUAUUAAUAAAAUUGAGAUGAUAGGUAGAGAUCUUGGUGUUACACCACCACGGCAAACAGAGUAUCGAUUUAAAAUUUCGGGGCAUGAAAGGGCAAAUAUAGUUAAAGACUUUUUUGAAAAAUGUAAGAUAAAAGGAUAUAAUUUGUUAAUUCAAAAAAUUGUGAAUGAUGCCCCUUCAAGAGAAGUUCUCUUUAGUGUUAAAACAACAAAUUUUGAUUUAGUGAAAUUGACUAUUAGUAUUGAGUUCCCAACAACUGAAAUUGUUCAAGACGCUGUAGAACUAGUAAAAGGAUUUAAUGUAGAAAAACAUAAUGAUUUGAUUGUAAUGUUUGGUAAUCCUAUAGCUCUUGAAAUCAGUUGUUUACAACAAGGAUUUGGUUAUGAGGUCUUUGAUGAAGGUCUUGGUGUUGCACUUGUUUAUAAUCUACAAGAUGAAAAUAUUACUACAGUUCCUUUCAAAAAAAGUUUAGUUACUACUAAUUCUUGUCAUUGUACUAAACAACAAUCUUCAAUUGAAAAUAAUCAUCAAUUCUCUUCUUCUGUUACAAAAGAACAAACAACUGAUAAUCACUUAUCCCAAGAAGGUCAUAAAACAUGUUCUCAAGAUGUUUCUUCUCAUAUAACAACUCAUGAACAACAAGAAACAAUACAUACUCUACCUGCUGUUCCUCCUCUAAGUCCAAGAAGAAAAAAACAAGUUAUUGACCUUACCCAAGGAAGUACCUCAGCACCUCCUGUCCCUCCUUUAAGUCCACGAAGGCAAGCAGAACAAAAACUUGGUUUAGCCCCAAGACCAACAGGAGUUGCACCAUCACUUCCAGGGAGACCAUUAGGUGCUCCUCCAAGAAAACCAGCUGCCAAACCAAAACACAAACAACAAAUAAAUCCAGCACAAUCAUCUCCAGUUAUUUAA